AUGGUCGAUUUUGAAAACUUUAUGUAUAUACCCUCCAUAAUCAAGCUUUCGCUCGCCCCCAGUCGAUCCAUGUCCAUUCUCGAUGUCAACAAUCCAUUCAAAAAUAAUGAGUCUUUCAAUAUUUGCGGCCAUUCUCAUGACUUGGUUUGUCUUUCCUUCGAUAGAGAUAUUUUUCUCUUUAAUUUGACGACCGAAAAGUUUCGUAAGCUUCCAUUAUCGAUUAUUCACUAUCUUGGGGAUACCUAUGAUAUUGAUUUUUCGUUCACAAGCGCUGUUGGAUUCGGAUACAAUUCAAAUUCUAGGGAUUUCAAAGUGAUUAGGGUUGUAGAAUUUUGGAACCGAUAUGGAGAAACUGAUUUCUCAACUAGAGUGGAAAUUUAUGAUUUGAGGAAAGAAAGAUGGAGGGAAAUUGAAUCUCCUACUUAUGGACGAGCAUCAAAGUCACCUGUUGCCUCUCAGAUGCAUCAUGAAGGAACAUAUUAUUGGUGGGCAUACAAAGAAGGAGGAACUAAUAUUAUACACACAUUCGACAUGAGCGAAGAAGUUUUUGGCAAAAUUUCAGUACCAAACAAUGUAGCGGCGGAGCGUGAGGAGUAUAUAAGUAUGGGGAUUUUGAAUCGAUCAAUUGUUAUAUUUCACUAUCGAGUAACAGGGAAUGAAAAAACCUUCGACAUUUGGGAGAUGGAGAAAGAUGUCAUUUCAUGGUCAAAACUAAUGACAAUUGGUCCUGUUCUUGGAGUUGAGAAACCAUUAUCGUUUGUGAAUUCGGAUGAACUUUUAAUGGAAACUAACGAAGGACAAGUGAUUUAUUAUAAUAUUAAAACUCACAUGACCAAAGUUCUUCCAUUAAAAGGGCGUCCAUGUGUAUUCACCACAAAUUGCUUGGACUUCAAUUUGCAAGAGGAAAGAGAAUCACGAAUGAAUUUUUAA